UCAUCAUUGUCAGUUUUAUGUAGUUUCAAAUCUUCUCCUUUUCUUUUUCUUAUUAUUUUCUAGCCUUUUCUCUUGCAAAUUCAUUGAUUUCAGACACAUGGAAAUAGUCACCCUGGGAAGACAUCUGUAUCCUGGAAUGUUGUAUAAUUACUGGAGGAGAAGGAGGGAGUGGAAAAAAGUGUUUAUGUCUGAACUGAAUAUAAGGCCACAAUAACCAGUGGUAUUUCCAUGCAAGUAUCGUCUACUGGAUUAACUUGUAUCCCUGGUACCAGCUGGUUUGUUUGCUGUCGUUGUGACUGCCAAUAAACCUACCUCAACUGAAUCCAGUCUUUCCUUUUCUCUUGCAGCAGUCAUGGAUUCCAGAUGCAUGGAAAUAGCUGCCCUGGGAAGACCUCUGUAUCCUGGAAUGUUGUAUGAUUGCCGGAGCGACUCCUUUAUUCCAGGUGUUACAUUAUGGGAUAAAAAUGCAUUGCAUGAUGACCUUGAUGUACGUCAGAAGCCUAAAACACAUCUGAAAUUUGCUGCCUCUGAUAGUCUCAGUGAUAAGGCAAACCUCCUAGAUAUAAGCACUUCCCUUAAAGCCAGUUUCCUAUGUGGAUUGGUGGAGGUUGAAGGAUCGGCCAAGUACCUGCAAGAUACCAAAUCUUCAGCACGUCAGUGCAGAGUUACUAUGCAGUACAGCCAGACAACAACAUUUGAACAGCUCACUAUGAAGGAGCUUGGUAAUAUCAUCUAUCCACAAGUAUUUGACCAGAAAACAGCCACUCAUGUAGUUACAGCUGUACUGUAUGGAGCUCAGGUUUUUAUGGUGUUUGAUUAUACAAGUGCAGAAAACAAAAGCAAACAGGAAAUUGAAGGUAACCUUCAUGCAGUGGUCAAUAAGAUCCCAACCCUUUCCACUGAGGGGAAAGCAUCCCUUAACAUGACUGAAGAUGAAAAAAAAAUGGCAGAGAAUAUUAGUGUCACAUUUUAUGGUGACAUUAAACUUGAAGAAAACCCCACUACAUACAAGGAAGCCCUGGAAGUGUACAAGAAGGUGCCUGAUCUGAUGAAGCAACAAGGUAAAGGCGUGCCUCUGACAGUGUGGCUGUAUCCUCUCAAUCUUUUGAAUGAUAAGGCUGCACAGUUGUUGAGAGAAAUUGAUUUGAGCCUGGUGUGUGAAACAGAAAGUUUGCUGGAGGAAUUCGGUGAAAUGGAGAGAAUAUGCAAUGAUUUGAUCAAAAGACAAAUAACAGAUGAUUUCCCUGACCUAAAGUACAGGUUGCUAAAGUUUCAGGCAUUACACAGAAAUUAUACAGGUUUGUUAAAGAAGGCACUAUGUAGAGUUCUGCCAGCGAUUCGUGGUGGGACACAAGAGGACCAGGCACUGAGGGACAUCCUGAGCAUCCAUUACACAUCACCCUUUAAUGUAAGCAACAUGAACAAAUGGUUAGAUGACAUUACAACUGAAUUAAAUAUACUGAGCUCCUAUACCACUGGGUUGAAGGACAUCACAGUUGUAAAAUCAUCAGGGUCACUCAAUUCCAUCUGCCUGCAUCCUGAUGUUGAUGUGGUGGUAUGUUUGUCAUUUACAUCUCUAAAGGAUGAUGACUCCUGCCUAGCAGCUCUACAGGACUUUAUCAAAUCGGAAGGAUUUACAAUGAUGGGGCAAACAUGUGAGAGAGAUUCCAUUCUCCAAGCAGCACAGCCUUGGUUCACUUCUCCUGACAUUUCUAAAAGGAUGAAGCAGAAUCUUUCUCUCUUUACUACUUUUGCAAAUGCCAAUAAAAAUGAGAAGAGAAUCAAAUUCACCAUUGCCUCCAUAUCUGAUCCCAGCAAUCCAGGAACCUCCAUCCAACUUUAUCAGAAUGGCUCUCUAACUGAUCUCCAGCCUGUAUCCCAACCUCCCAAACCUGUAGUAGAGACCAGUGAUGGGAAAGUCACCCUGAAGCUUUCAAAAUCCCCAACUGGAGAGACUUUACACUUCAGAGUUGAGUACAGGAUGAAAUCUUCAAAUGAUUCAGCAGCUGAUGUUGAGGAAUGGACAGUCAUAGACACGUCAAAUGCACAGAACACCUUCACAUUGACUGGACUAAAGCCAACAGAACAAUACUGGGUCCGAUACAGAGCUGUUAGUGAUGUGGGAGUGAGUGAAGCCAGCGACUCUGUCCCCUUCACCUUUCAAGGGAGGCUCACUGUGACAGUACACCAAUGGAACUUCUCCAUGCCUUCUCUCAUUACUGAACUCAGGACUAAAAUAAUGACCACUGUCGGCAUGUCACGAUGGUCUCCAUCUACUAUCAAGUCAGAGGUUACAAAUAUUGUCAACAAUCCUAACAUUUCUUACAGUGAGGAAAUCCCUGGAGGGCUGAGAGAGGGAAAAGCUUUGUACUUCCAUGGGGUCGUUUUGUCAAACGGUCAAUCGUUUACGUUGGAUUUUGAAACCGAUGAGGGAGACGUCGCUUUUCACUGUAGGUCCUGGUUCAGUGACUCUAUUCGAUGCAACAGUUAUGUGAAAAAGAUAUGGCAGUAUGAAGAACGUGCACAGUGUAACAUUUCCAAAGGAUCAGCAUUUGACAUUUUUGUUGUGAUCAAAACAGAAGGCUAUGAGGUGUAUGUAAAUGGACAGAAGACUUUCCUGUUCAAUCAUCGCAUACCAAUGGCCAAAGUGAAUGUGUUUAAGAUUCAUGGAGAUGUCAAAAUGAACACUGUUGGUACUGUUGCAAACUGGAGCAAAUCUACUUUUGGUAAGGAACUAGAGACAAACAUCACUCGCACAAAGCGUUCAGACAUCCAGUCUAAUGUGCCACAUCCAGUCUGCAACCCUAGCAAGCAUUAUUUGAGAUCAAUCCCUGGAGGCUUGAGACCUGGUCUGGCGUUGUUCUUCCAAGGGGUUGUUCCAUCAGAUUGGGAACAGUUUUCAAUAAAUUUGAAGGCUGGCCUGUCUGACCAACAUGACAUCGCUUUUCACUUCAACCCCUGUAUAUACUCUGUGGUCCUUAAAAGCCGCUUGAAUGGGACAUGGGAACAGAAUUGGGUGGAGACAUCAGGAGGCCCAUUUGUCUGUGGAGCAGCUUUUGAUAUCUUCGUGGUCAUUAACCCAGAAUGCUAUGAGGUGAUGGUGAAUGGCCUGGGGUGCUACACGUUCGAGCACCGUGUACCGGUGGACAAAGUGACUACACUUUACAUUGAUGGAGACGUCUUCAUGAACAGCUUUGCCAUUACUGAAGUGGGUGAUAUGAACCUGAAAGUCACCUUCCCUGCAAAUAUUUGAGGCUUUGCAUCGGCUCCAAAAUCACUGCCUGUCUUUUUUUUAUUAUAUUCUAUAUACAGUACCAAAAGUAUAUCACAGUUUGUGCACAUGGUCUGUCUAUUUUAUUAAUAGUCCGCUCCUAUAUAUUAACGGUCCUUUUUUCCCUACUGAGCAUUCUUAUGUGAUUUUUCUUGCUUAUUAUUGUUAGAACCAAUUUCUAUAUAUUCUUUGUUAUAGUUAUUAUACCUUUGUUACAGUAAAUGAUACAGGUCAUUUGUAUUAGCUGUCUAGAUAAAGACAUUUUUGAAGCAUUAAUCAGCAUUAGCACAUUAAAACAAUUAAUCCAUGGCUAACACACGGUAAAUUCGAAGGAUUUCUGUUUAAAAUUUGGAGACGUGUACUCUCAAAAGACAUAUCCUUUUAGAUAGAUCCAUUUUAUAUUAACAGAGACUAUAAACAUAAAUUCAGUGAAACAGUGGUUUGAGAAUUAGAUAUUAGAACAAAGCAAUUAGUUACUUGUUCUUAUAAUAAUAAAACAAAAAUAAUUCCUCCAUUCUAACACCAAAUACAUGGUGGAAGUGGACAGAGUUUCUAAUUUAAUGGGGCGGUGCACGUCGUUUGAGAAAUACUCAAAAGAAAAACUGAGCUGGGCCGACAAACAAAACAAACGUGUAGCCAAUGAGCAGAAAGGGGCGUGUCUUCUCAAUAUGGGCGGAGAGAGUGUUCAGUGCACAUGUCUGACAUUAGCAGAAAGGGAUUGAAACAUUGACAU